AUGCUAAAAGUGAAGAGGCUGGAAGAAAUCAACACGUGUUACCACAGUGACCAGCUGGAGAAAAUGGCCUUUUUUCAGUGCAUGGAAGAGGUGGAGAAAGUGAAGUGUAUUCUGGAAGAAAGUUCUAGUGAACAGGAUUCGAGAUCUGGGAAGAGUGAGGCUAAGGAGCAGGUGUGCUCACACCCUGGCCUGAAGGAAACAGCACCAGCCAAAGGCAAAAGGACAGCGCCUCCCACAGACGAGGCCCGGGCACCGCCUGCGCCGUUUGAUCACCGCAUCGUGACAGCCAAGCAGACCACGGUCAACAGCUUCUACACCGUGAGCAGAACAGAAAUCUUAGGAGGGGGGCGCUUCGGCCAGGUUCACAAGUGUGAGGAGAAAGCCACAGGUCUGAAGCUGGCGGCCAAGAUCAUCAAGACCAGAGGCGUGAAGGACAAGGAUGAAGCGAAGAACGAGAUCAGCGUCAUGAACCAGCUGGACCACGUGAACCUCAUUCAGCUCUACGACGCCUUCGAGUCCAAGAACGACAUCGUCCUGGUCAUGGAGUAUGUGGAUGGAGGGGAGCUCUUCGACCGCAUCAUUGAUGACAACUACAAUCUGACUGAGCUUGAUACCAUCCUGUUCAUCAGGCAGAUAUGUGAGGGGAUAAGACACAUGCAUCAGAUGUACAUCCUUCACUUAGACCUGAAGCCUGAGAACAUCCUGUGUGUGAAUCGGGAUACUAAACAAAUAAAAAUUAUUGACUUUGGAUUGGCCAGAAGAUACAAACCCAGAGAGAAGCUGAAGGUGAACUUCGGAACGCCAGAAUUCCUUGCCCCUGAAAUUGUGAACUAUGAUUUUGUUUCCUUUUCCACGGACAUGUGGAGCGUGGGAGUCAUUGCUUACAUGCUACUCAGCGGUUUGUCCCCCUUCCUGGGAGAUAACGACGCUGAGACCCUGAACAACAUCCUGGCCUGCAGGUGGGAUCUGGAGGAUGAAGAAUUUCAGGACAUCUCGGACGAGGCCCGGGGGUUCAUCUCCAAGCUUCUGAUCAAGGAGAAGAGUUGGAGGAUAAGUGCAAGUGCAGCUCUCAAGCACCCUUGGCUGUCGGACCACAAGCUCCACUCCAGGCUCAGCGCACAGAAGAGGAAGAAUUGCUGCCCUGACGCCCAGGACCUGGUGGCCAAAUAG